AUUAUUUUGGGUCAAGUGGGACCCAAUUCUUCUGCUCUGUCCCUGGGCCAUGGUACAGCUGAGUAUAAAAGCUACAAUAUGAGCAUGAUUCCAUCCACCGCCCUGGACAGCCAGCUGACCUCCACCUGGGGACCUGCAAGCCUCUAUCCUGAUGGUGCGUUGGUGAUGUCUGGUUACACAAGUCGCCUGUGGUCUCACGACUCCCAGCCUCAGUUCUGGAGUAAGUACCAGGUGUGGGAGUGGCUGCAGCAGGUCAUGGACAUCCACCAGAUCGACGCCUCCAGCAUUCCUUUCCAAAAUUUCGACAUGGACGGCCAUCAACUUUGCAGUCUGAAUUACCACGACUUCAUCCGCGUUGCCGGCAGCGUGGGACACAUUCUUUACAACAGCAUCGCAGAGCUCAAGUCGAGCGGGCAGUAUCAUGUGGAUAUUGGGCAACUGGAACUCAAACCUGAAACAGACAUAUGUCCAUUUCCAGAUGUCAGCUAUCCACCUGGAGAGAUCUAUGAUCCCUCGAUUCACUCGCUUGCCCCAGAUGUCUCUCCUACCCCUUCUAGUCCUGUACUGUCACCUGAUUUUGUCCCUACAGACCCGAGAGGGACUCACCUGUGGGAGUUCAUCAGGGACAUUCUCCUGAACCCAGAACGAAACCCAGGACUGAUCAAGUGGGAAGAUCGGACGGAGGGAGUCUUCAGGUUCCUGAAGUCGGAGGCAGUGGCACAGUUAUGGGGAAAGAAGAAGAAUAACAGCAGCAUGACUUAUGAGAAACUAAGUCGUGCAAUGAGAUAUUAUUACAAAAGGGAAAUCCUAGAGCGAGUAGAUGGACGCAGACUGGUUUACAAGUUUGGAAGGAAUGCCAGGGGGUGGAGGGAGACAGAAAAAUGAAAAUGUCAUUAAUUUAUCAUUUCUUUCCAUGUUGUUGUGCAUAGUUGUGAUGUUUUCAUUUGCCUUGUUUUUUAUAUAUAAAUAUGUUUGAAUUGUUUACAAGUGUUUGUUUUUUCACAUUUAUUUGACACUAUCACUUCCUUGUUUGUAUUGAGA